AUGAGGAAACCUGUGCAGAUAAUCACGAACCCACUCGUGAAUGCAGUUAUCCUUGCCGUGAGCUGGGGAUGUAAAGCCGAUACUUCACAUGGUCAGGGAAUGGUUUAUGGAUUUGAGGACAUUGAACCAUCAGCCGGCCUAACAUGGGCAUCAUGUUAUGAUGACUUUAAAUGCUCUCGACUGGAAGUCCCCUUGGACUAUUCAAACAGAAGUCUUGGCACGACAUCGAUUGCUUUCAUGAAACUCCCUGGAAAGAAUGCCACUGUCGAGUCCCCGAGUCUUGUAAUCAUCCCUGGCGGUCCGGGUGGUUCUGGUGUUGACCUCCUCCUUACAUACCGGGAACUUUUAGAGCAAGACUUCGGAGAGCGGUACAACUUCGUCUCGUUUGAUCCUCGCGGUGUCAACAACAGUGGUUUGCGGCUUGACUGCUUCUCGGGGAACGCGGAGGCGAAAUUAGCCUUUGAGCGGCUGCACAGAAUAGGCGUUACUAAUAUUUCAUCGACUUUGCUUGUAGAGAAUUUCUAUUCAAGCUCUAUCUACGGCGAGUGGUGCAACGAUGCUGUCGGGAACGAAUCUCCUUACGGAUAUUACGUGACUACACCGGCCGUCGCCCAUGAUCUGCUUACAUUCAUAGAAGCAGAAGCUGAGGAGGCCGGUAAGUCUCCUUCAGACACCAAAUUGUGGGCUUAUGGCGUCAGUUAUGGUACCGUCAUCGGCAGCACCUUCGCUUCUAUGUUCCCUGGCCGAGUUGGGAGAAUGAUCCUCGAUGGUGUUUUGAACGCAGAGCAAUAUUAUAACAAUGAGUGGAAAGAAAACGUCGAUCAGAUGGACGAAGCCAUCGAGAAGUUCUCGAGCUUCUGCCAUUCCGCAGGUCCUGGAAAGUGCUCUUUCUGGGGCCCUACGCCAGCCAAUAUCACGGCCAGAGUGGACGAAAUAAUCCGUCAGCUCCAAAAUCAUCCCGUCCCGCUCAGCAUGGUCCGAAGUCAAGAGCUCCCAACAAUGGUCACCUGUUUUGACCUAAAGGCUCUUUUCAUCAAUGCUAUAAACUCCCCACUGGCAAAUUUCCCAGGCAUGGCCCAUGUGCUGCACCAACUCGAGCGGGGGAACAUGUCUGCUCUCGCGGGCACAUUUGACGGGCUGGGCUAUUUAUCAGAUAGUCGUCUGACUAUCCAGUGCGCCGAUUCGUAUCGGAGCAACAGGCUUACCACAUUUGAAGAGUUCAAGAGUUACGUCGAGUACACGACUUCCAAGAGCAGGUACAUUGGUGACAUGUACCCCCUUGCCCUGGACGGUAUCUUGUGUAGAUCGUUCAGACCGCAAUUGCCUGACAGCAUGAUGGUCCAGGGUAGAAAGCCCCUCUUUUUGUCUCUCUCUUCCCCGCAUGUCUAA